GUCGCCGUGUCGCUGUCGUCGCCCUGCCCGGCUCCCAGUGCUGCACCGCAGUGCUCACGCUUCGCCCACGCCGCCCGCCGCCCGCCCUCGCCCAAGCCGCCAAGUAUCAGCACGGCCACACCUGCGGCGUCGGCCAUCGCCCUGUCCAGCACCCAGCACCCAGCACCCGGCCUCCAGCACCAGUCGCUGCACCCGCUGCCCGCCCACGCCCGCGCGACAUGCGCACACCUCCCUGCGCGCCCCCAUAACCCCGUCUGCCGCGCCCGCCGCCCGCCUGCUGCGCUCCCCGCCUCUUGCGCUCCCCCGGACUCGCAGCCCGCGCCCGAAUGCCGUAACGGCUCGCGCAGCCAUUGUAACGUCCCCCGGGCUGUAGACGCGCCAUGUCGUUCCUCUUCGGCAAGAAGAACAAGCAGCAGCCCAAUGCCCUGCCCGCCGCCACGCGCGAGAUCACCUCGGCGCAUGGCCCUGGCCCCCAGGUCGCGUCGCUCAACGGGCCCCUUCGCGAAAAGGACGCCGCCCGCCCCGCCCCGCAGCCGCAGCAGCAGCCGCAGCACUCAAACACAUCCACGCCCAGCGGCAGCGUCAACAACUCGCUGAGCUCGCUGCAGGGCCGCGACGGCCAGGGCAUCACCCCGGAGCCCAAGGCCCUGCGCGAGCGAGCAGGGUCCAACGAACAGGGCGCUCUGCAGACUGCCAGGCCCACCGGCCCUCCCCAGGACUCGCCCUACCCGUGGUCCUCCCGCCGCCUGAACUUCACCGCCGGCAACCCCUUCCCGCGCUACGGCGCCGCCAUCAACUCGGUCGCCUCCAAGGAUGGCGUCAUCUACAUCAUGGGCGGUCUUGUGGGCGGUGCGACAGUCAAGGGCGACCUCUGGCUGACCGAGAUGGGCAACGGCAGCCUCGCGUGCUACCCCAUCUCCACCACCGGAGACGGCCCUGGGCCCCGUGUCGGACACGCCAGUCUGCUGGUUGGGAACGCCUUCAUUGUCUUUGGUGGAGACACCAAGCUGGCCGACAACGACGAUCUGGACGAUACCCUCUACCUUUUGAAUACCUCGACAAAACACUGGUCGCGCGCAUUGCCCCAAGGGCCCCGCCCCACAGGACGCUACGGUCACACCUUGAAUAUCCUGGGUUCUAAGAUCUACAUCUUCGGCGGUCAGGUCGAAGGCUUCUUCUUCAACGACCUCGUGGCCUUCGAUCUGAAUUCUCUCCAAUCGUCGGCCAGCCGCUGGGAAGUGCUCCUUCCCAACACCAAGGACCAGGCUUCUCCGCAGGGCCGCUCGCCGCCCGCUCGCACAAAUCACUCGGUAGUAACCUGGCAGGACAAGCUGUAUCUAUUUGGCGGCACAGACGGCGUUGUCUGGUUCAAUGAUGUCUGGACGUACGACCCUCGCACCAACUCUUGGACCGAGCUCGAUUGCAUUGGCUACAUCCCCGUGUCUCGCGAAGGUCACUCGGCUGCUCUGGUUAACGACACCAUGUACAUCUUUGGUGGUCGCACACAAGAGGGUGUUGAUCUGGGUGAUCUCGCAGCAUUCCGCAUAUCCUCCCGUCGCUGGUACAUGUUCCAAAACAUGGGACACUCUCCUUCUGCCCGGUCAGGUCACAGCAUGACUGCGUUUGGGAAACACAUCGUGACCCUCGCAGGCGAGCCUAGUUCCUCUGUGGCUGACAGGAACGAGCUGAGCAUGGCAUACAUUCUGGACACUUCGAAGAUCAGAUACCCCCCUAAUGAGAGCGCAGCCCCGCAGCAAGCGAUCAACACUCCCCGAAAGCUGAGCGGCGGUGCCGGCAGCAACAUUCCCCAGAGUAGAACCGGGCCACCACCGAAUCGUGAGAGCAUGCUGCCCGGGCCUCACGGGCCUCAACAACGAGGUCCGGACCCGAACGGAAUGGGGCCAAAUGGAUCGAGGUUACCCCGUGUCGCUGGGCCAGCUGGAUCAGCACCAUCCGGGCCUCCACCUCUCCAGCAACCUCCGCAGCCAGGGAUGAACGGUGCCAACGGCCAGGCCAUCCCGGCUUCUAGGACCAAAACGCCGACGAAAAUGGAUCGACCUUCGGGCUCCUCUGUCGACAACACCGAGGCGGCUUCGUUUGACAGAGAGAACCUAUCGCCAACACCUAGAGACAGCCCGGCUGGUGCAGAACUCUUGCGCAAAGGCUCCGACGCCGUCAGUCAACGGACGCACAAGGACAGUGUAGAUACAACCCGUUCCGGCAGUCUCACAUCACGAAACGCCUCGAGACAGCAGUCACACAAGCAGCAACCUUCUCACGACACGAUCGCUAGCAUCGAGCAUGAGACCCCCAGACGAUCGGUCGAGACCCCGCAACAACGCACGAUGAGCCGAGAGGCUGACAACCGACAAAUCGACAGCGGCCUGGGCGCUUCGCCGGCGAUAGCCCAUGUCAACGACGACGUGGUUCGGGAGCUGGAUGUUGCAAAGAGUCGCAAUGCGUGGUAUGCUUCGGAGCUCGCAUUGGCGCGCAAAGCUGGCUACCAUCCCGCGAGCUCGACGAGCCCAAUGUUUGAUGAACGAUCUGCCGACAACUUCCAAGACGAGGAUCGCCCGCUGCUCGAAGCUCUCCUCAAGAUGAAGGCCGAGGUCGACCGCGUGCAGACUUCUAUCAAGACGCAAGGGGAGGAUGCGGCCAAGCGAAUCGCAGAGGUCGAACGACAGCGCGACGCUGCCAUCAGUGAAGCUAUCUACGCAAAGACAAAGCUGGCGGCUCACGGUGGUGGCAGUCAGGCUGGCACCCCGCUGCCUGAUGCCGCUCGCAACACGGAAACACCCGACAUGGACCGCAUGAACGACAUCAGUCGACGUCUCGCAGCAUCCCUGGCCGCUCAAGCAGAGUCGGCCAGCUUGAUUGAGAAGCUGUCUCAUGAGAUUGAAGCUGAAAAGAAGGCCAAGCAGCUAGCUGAUGAGACUGCGGAAGCUGCGCAAGCACGUGUUCAGGAGCUGGACUCGACUCGACAGAAGGCAGCUGCUGAGUCCGAGAGUCUGCGAGCUGAGCUACACGAGGCGGAACGCGUCGCAAGAGAAGUGUCGGCCAGCGCGGCAGAAGCUGAGACCUCUGCUCGCCUGCUCGCUGUCGAUAAGGAAGAGCUGGGCGAGAAGGUUGCUCAUUUCACCACCCAAACAACGACGCACGCUGCGGUGCUUGCGACGUUGCGCGAAGCUGUUGCUGCGUCAUCGGAAAAGUCUGCUCUACUGGAAAAGCAGCUCGAGGAAGAGCGCAACCAGAGCGAGGCUGCCCGUCAAAAGCUCAGCCAGCUUCGUGCCGAGCAUGAAGUUCGCACAACAGAGCUGGAAACCGCUUCUCAGAAACUGCGUGACGCCGAAGAGCUGGCGGAGAAGCACGCGACAGAAGCACGCCUUCAUCAAGCAGCUGUGCUCUCUGGCCUCGGAAGUAUCGCUGCCCACGCUCCUGCUAACGAUAACGCCGCGAACGAACGUGUCUCGAUACUCCAGCAACAGGUCGAGGCUGCAAACGCAAUGGCGCGCAAGAACCAGGCGGCUGCUGACCAGGCUUCUGAAAAGCUGCGUCGCGCCGAGGAACGAAUUGCUGGCCUCGAGGCGUACCAAGAACAGUCCAGCCGCGAAGGCCUCACAAUUCGCAAACAACUGCAGCAGGCGAUGCGAGACGUCCAUGCCUCUGAAGCGGAGAAGGCCGAGCUUCACCAGCAGCAUGAGCGCCUACGCCUGGAGAGCAACGCUUUCGAGGUACAGCUCAGGACUCUCAAGAACCUUCUUGAAGAACGAGGAGUCAAUCCGACUGACCACCGCCGUUCGAGGGUGCUAGAGAGCCCGAACUCCCGCUUCGGCACUCCGGAGCUCAACCGCGUUAGGGAGCUUGAGCAGCAGGUUGACUCGAUGAACAAAAUGCACGAGGAGUUGCGCAUUUCAUUUGAGCAGCGCGAGCACGACGUCAGCAAGGACUGGGAGGAAAAGCUACAGGCUCUCCACAACGACCACCAGGCAGCUGUCAAGUACCUCCGCGGCACAGAGAAGAUGCUUGCCAAGAUGAAGCAAGAGCUCGACAGGUACAAGAACGCGAACACAAAGCUGGAGGAGGAGCUCAAGCAAGCAACUUCGACCUCGCGAAGCCCGACCAAGGAGCAGACCGCACAGUGGGAAGCGGAGAAGACGGCGCUGCGCACCGAACUCUCAAGCGUCCAAGACAACAUGAAGACGGCCGUCGGCCGCCUCGAGGGCCAGCUCGCCACCCUGCAGGGCCAGCUCACCACAGCACGACAGGAAGCCGAAGUCGCCGCCACCAAGACCAAAGAAGCCGAAACCUCCGCGACCCAGUCCCGCGCCGACCUCGACACGCUCCGCCAGCAACUCAGCGCCACGGAAGAGCGCGCCCGCGAAGCCGAAACACGCGUGCAGAUGUUCCUCGACCAAUUCGAAAACUCGGUCGACAACUACCGGCGCCAAUCCCAAGUCCCCGGCGGCAGCAGCAACGGCGAGCUCCCGCGCCACCGCGCCCACGACUCCAUCGCGUCCGCCGACUCGCUCUACUCGCACCCGGAGGGCUCGUCCACCCCCGACGCCACCCCCAGCAACCGCCCGGCCUCCACCGGCACCCGCAACUCCAUGGCCCUGGAUAACCUGGCCUCGGAGCUGGAUGCCCUGCGCUCGCACUGGGAGACCACGAAUAAGGCGUACCGUCUGAGUGACCGCUUUGACUUUGAACGCACGCCUACGCUGGAGCACGGGGUUAACGAGGGUAUCUCGCAGUGGCGCGAUUCCGUGGACUCGGAGAUCGAGGUCCAGGAGAUUACGCCGCGGAAGGCGGAGCCGCCGGCUGCUAAUGCUACUGCUGCUGCUAACGCUGCUGCUACUGCUACUGCUACUGCUAAUGGGCCGGCGCGCACGAAUUGAGCUACGAGAUGUGGGAGUUGAGCAACAGAGGAAUGACGACUUUUUGACGAUUUGCUUUGCUUUGCUUUGGUUUAAGAAGGUGCAAAUGGGUUCAUGUGCGCAUACGAAGCACGGGUACGGGUACGGGUAUGGGGUAUGGGGUAUGGGGUGUGCGAUAUUAUAUACCAUUCUCGAAUGUCUAAUCUAUUGGUUUACUUGUGCGCUGCGGGAUGCGAGAUUUCCUCUUGCGCCACGGUUUCUGUGGUCGAAGGGUCGGACUGGGGUCUG